AUGGGAAUAUCUGGAUUGCUUCCCAUAGUUUUACCAAAGCUGGUAAGGAAGCACAUAUCUAGCUAUAGAUCGUAUAGAGUGGGAAUAGAUGGACACGGAUGGAUGUAUCAAGUUCUUCCAUGUGUUGCCGAAAAGCUGUUUUUCAAGAUACCUACAAAGCAGCACAUAAGUCUGUUUGAGUCAAAAAUCAGGCAUCUUGAGAAGCAGGGAAUAACGCCGGUGGUUGUGCUUGACGGAGAUAGCUUACUGAGCAAAGAAGCGACUAACAUGAGAAGAAAAUUAAAGAAGGAUCGCUGUAGAAAGGAAGCAGAAGCAUGGCUGAUGCAGAACAACCCAAUUAAGGCAAAGGCAUGCAUGAGACAGUGCAUUUAUGUUACAAACGAGAUUUUAUUGGACAUCACAAGAAUGUUGGAGAGAAUAAAUGUAGAGUAUAUUAUUUCUCCAUAUGAGUCUGAUGCAGAGCUGUGCUAUCUUCAGAAGAUAGGAUACAUAGACUAUAUAAUGACGGAGGAUAGUGAUUUGAUCGCAUACGGAUCUGAAAAUGUGCUCUACAAGUUUGAUGGUGCGUUUGUUUAUGAAUUCAAUAGAAUAUGCCUUGAGCAAGCGAAGGACCGGCACUUCAAAGAAAAUAUACUUGACAUUGCAAUCUUAAGUGGAUGUGACUAUCUGAGUUCAGUACAUGGGGUUGGCGUGGUGACUGCCCAUAAACUGCUUUCCAGAGAAAAAACUAUUGAACGGGUGGUUGAGCAUCUGAAGAGCAAGAAACCUGUUCCUAGUACUUAUCUAGAUGACUUUGCACGUGCAAAAAAGACUUUUAUGCAUCAGGUUGUUUACGAUCCUAUCCUUGGAAAGCGCAAGCAUUUGCAUGACACAAAUGAAAACCUGUUAUUCUUGGGCUCAUUUGAAGAAGAUGAGUAUACAGCUGAACGAAUCAAAAAUAUACAUGGCUCAGGUGGAAACAUUCAAAAUCCAAUUUUGAGUCUGCUACAAAACGCAAUAACAACCAAGAUCAAAAGACACUUUGUACCUAUCGUUAAAAAACGAGCAAUGAGUGCAAUAGAAUCAUCUGAAUUCAAAAGAAGGGAAACAAGGACAGUAGUAGAUACAAACACACACUCUCCAUACUUCAGUAGCAAUACAGCACAUUAA